AUGUCUUCUUCUCAACUAACUCUAUACACCGCUGCUACACCCAACGGCAAGCCCAUCUCAGUUUUCCUCGAAGAGCUUGGAAUUCCCUACGACGUCGUCAAGAUGUCUCUUUCCGAGUCUGACAUCGGCAAAGUUCACAACCAAGUCAAGUCUCCAUGGUUUUUGGAGAUCAACCCCAACGGUCGUAUUCCCGCAAUUACCCAUAAUGGGUUCAACGUCUUUGAAACGAGUGCAAUUCUGUCGUAUCUGCAGGCGGAGUUUGAUAAGGAGAACAUAUUUGGGUUUAGUCCUGUCGAAAACCCGAAGGAGUAUAGUGAGGUGUUACAGUGGUUGUUCUUUGCGCACGGAGGUGUUGGCCCAAUGCAAGGACAGCUCAGUCAUUUCAAGUGCCCGUAUGCGCAGAAACGUUAUCUGAACGAAUUGAAGAGGCUUUACUCAGUCCUCAAUUUGCGGUUGGCGAAACACAAGUAUCUCGCUGGCGAUAAGUAUACGAUCGCUGAUAUCAAGACACAUUUAUGGGUCCGAGCUGGCUUCUUGAACGCCGAAAAACUCGGUUUGGAUACAAAGGAGUGGCCAAACCUGAAGGAUUGGGUGGAUAGAAUUGAAAGUAGAGCUGCUUUCCAGAAAGGUGUGAAUGUACCUGCCUAG